CGCGCGUCUGUCCACAUGUGUCGGUAGCAUCACCGCCAGCUGCUCGUCUCUACCUCACCGACUAACGGUACCGGACUUCAAAGGAACACGCCGCAAGGGACAUAAAAGACGAAAGAUAGCCUUAACUUUAUAGUUGCAUCCAGAUUUGCGUUGAUUAAUGUGGUGUUGGUUACUUCCUAAGUGGUGUAGCCUAUCUAUAUUGUGUCGUUGUGAAGAAAAGUUGUUGCUGGGCAGUCUUCUUAAAGGUAGAAUUGUGUUCUCAACAGCCCAUACUGUCAACCCCCAUCCCCUGCCGGACCAGUGUGCCUUUCAGGAUGAGUGACCGGGGCAACACCGUCCGGCGCUACUUCCACCUGCAGCGCCGCUUGCACUCCGCCCACGCCGGCGAUGACGACACAGCCCCGGGCCCCAACGGCUACCCCAGCGCCAGCCUGGACAGGAGCCUGGACAGGAGCCUGGACAGGAGCCUGGACAGGAGCCUGGACAGGAGCCUGGACGAGCCAGAUCCUCAGUCCCCUGCUCCUGACAGCCGCCUCUACUCUCCUGUUUCACUGGAACUGGACCCCGUGGCGGUGAAUAAUGGAUCAGGCAUUCCCUGCAGCCCGGCAAGACGCACAAAAGAGCCAGCGCUGCAGAUGGUCCACGGUGGCCGGCCCUCCUCCUGCCCUCCGCCUUUCCCUGCAGCCAGCUGGCCGCACUCCUCCAAGCGUUUCCCCAGGCCUUACAUCACCAAGACCAGCAUGCAGGGGGAUGUCUACAACUUCCUGGAGAGACCUGCUGGAUUAAGAUGCCUCCUCUACCAUUUCCUGGUGUUCCUCUUGGUGCUGGUGUGUCUGAUCUUCAGUGUCCUGUCCACCAUAGAACAGUAUGCAGACUUUGCGAGCGGAACCCUCUUCUGGAUGGAGAUUGUGUUGGUGCUGUUCUUUGGGACGGAGUACGUGGUCCGCCUCUGGUCCGCCGGCUGCCGAAGCAAGUACGUGGGUCUGAAGGGAAGGCUGCGCUUCAUCAGGAAACCCAUCUCCAUCAUAGACCUGAUCGUGGUCAUCGCCUCCAUCAUCGUGCUGAGCGUGGGCUCCAACGGCCAAGUGUUCGCCACAUCUGCCAUCAGGGGGAUCCGUUUCCUGCAGAUCCUGCGCAUGCUACACGUGGAUCGCCAGGGGGGAACAUGGAGGCUUCUGGGAUCUGUAGUCUUUAUACAUCGACAGGAGCUGAUAACCACCCUGUACAUCGGCUUCCUGGGCCUGAUCUUCUCCUCGUACUUCGUGUACCUCGCCGAGAAAGACGCGGUGGACGAGGAGGGCAAGACCGGCUUCUCCAGCUACGCUGACGCACUCUGGUGGGGCGUGGUGACCGUCACCACCAUCGGGUACGGGGACAAGGUGCCCCAGACGUGGAUCGGGAAGACCAUCGCCUCGUGUUUCAGCGUCUUCGCCAUCUCCUUCUUCGCCCUGCCCGCGGGUAUCCUGGGGUCGGGCUUCGCGCUGAAGGUGCAGCAGAAACAGAGACAGAAGCACUUCAACAGACAGAUCCCUGCUGCUGCAUCGCUCAUCCAGGUAAUACUAAUAAGAAUACUUUUGAUUUUCCAAGGCGCCUUUCUCGAUGUUCAGAUGGACCAGAAAAUGGAGUCUGUUCUCCAGAUCCUGGUGGAUCAGUUCAAGCCGAGGGCGGACCUGCUGCGGACGCCCCCGCCCACCUCCAGCUCCAGGGUCACCGUCAUGAAGCGCAUGGGAGUCAGCAUGGACGAGGGGCAGUGAUGUCAUCACCGUGGGACGCCGGCGAUGGUGAUGUCAUUGCCACGGGACCACCGUGGCCUCCAGGUGUGGAGAUAUCAACCGCCUGGCUGGCUGGGGGGGAGGGUGGGGGGCGACGGGGGGGAAACCAUACAGGAGAAACUAGGUUCCCAGCAGCCCCCUCUCUCCCCAUUCACAAACCUUCCUCAGCUGUUUUCUCUGUCGCUGACUUUUGACCCGAGAGGAGAGGAACUUGACCUGGGCUGGGAUCCUCCACCUGAGGGUGUCUUGAGGGCGUUGGGGUCAGGUGACACCCAGGAGUGUGGCCUGAGAAGGCUGGUUUUCCUCCCCACUGUGUUCUGGGUGUGUGGGACUACAAGGGCUUCUUCUUUCCUGUCCACAGCCCCCCCUCCUGUCCACAGCCCCCCCUCCUGUUCCAGCCCCCACUCCUGGUCCA